AUGACUACUGAAGCUUUCUUAGCAGGUCUAAGAAUAUUUACAGCCCAAAGAGGUUUUUGUAAUGUGCUGUACUCGAACAAUGCCAAAAAUUUUGCAGGAGCAUCAAGGGAGUUGAAGGAAGUCCAUCAAUUUAUGAAGGAUCAGGCCGAUCAAAUCAAAGUCGAUAUGGUGACACAAGGUAUUGAAUGGAAAUUUAUACCUUCACGAUUCCCAAACUUUGGAGGUCUAUGGGAGGCGGCCGUUAAGGCCACCAAACGACACUUAUAUAUUGUCACGCGUAAUCUUAUAUUAACAUAUGAAGAACUCAGCACACUCUUAGCUGAAAUCGAAAGCACAUUAAACUCCCGUCCCUUGACCCCUUUGUCCUCCAACCCUGACGAUCUAACGGCAUUAACUCCCGCCCAUUUCCUACUCGGAGACUCACUACCAGAACCUGCGCAAAGAAAUUUAUUAAAUGUGUCAAAUAAUGCUGUAUCAAGAUGGCAACAUUAG